AUGGUUCGUUCGAACAGAGAACAACUCGCACAGCGUAUUGUACAACGCUAUACAAAUAUACCUAAAUUCAUUAAAAAUACUACUGUAAAUAACUUUUUGAUUGAAAAUAUUCCACGCCAAACUAUCUACAGUAUCAUCGGUGAUAAAUCAAGAACUGGUCGUCCAAGAAAAACACGUGAUUCGAAUAACAAUCGAAUACAGAAAUUUCGAUAUUCACUAAAUUCUUGUGAUGUGUCAACAUUGACAAAUCAUAGUCAAUUAUAUCCCUAA